CAAACUUAGAGCCAAAACCUGAAAUUGCAAAGGAUUAUGUAUCUCAUCAGGUAUUCUGGGAGAGAACAAAGUUUCAAGAUCCUUAUACAAAAGAUGAUCGUGAAGAAUUUAAGAAAUGUGAUCAUGAAUGUCCAGAUGAGGAGCAUUAUAAAAUUGACAAAGAUUCAAGACAAAAACCGAUAAAAUCUUAUUGUACACAAAAAAUUUUUCACUCUAGUUUGGAUCCAAAUUCCACUCCUCCAAAUGGAAUAGGAUAUACAUCGAUUGAUGGCCAUCACUUUACAUGUGAUAAUCCGACUACUAGUUUUCAUAUCAUAUUUGUGGUUGAUAAAAGCUCUUCAAUGUCUGGCCGUGAUUGUAGACCAGAAUUUGACGAUACCAAAUUAGAAUGUCUUAAAGAACACAAUAAUCGUUUAGGCUCAGUAUAUGCAGCAGUUUACAAAUUUAUUACCAAAAGAAACAAUUUUCGAAAAACAAGAGAUGUGGACACAAAUUCUCUUAUAUUAUUUGAUCAUUCAGCCCUGGUUGCUUAUGAAAAUGAGAGUUUAUCUAAUCCAGAUGCGCUUUUAGAAAAAAUGAUCAAAUAUAAACCAACAGGUG